AUGGUGAAGCUCUUCUGCGCGAUUGUUGGUGUUGCGGGAAGCGCAUUCGAGGUGGACAUAGAUCAGACUGCGUCGGUUUCCGCGCUAAAGAAGGCGAUCAAAGAGGAGAACGCAUCGACGAUCACAUGCGACGCCAAGAACCUGCAGCUCUUCCUGGCGAAGGCGGGGGGCAACGCAUGGCUGUCGAGCCUCACUGAAGAUGUGAAGGAGCUGAAGAAGGGCGAGAAGACUGCUCUCGUCAAAUCUCUAACGCAAGAAGAAAAGGAGCUGCAGGGAGAGGAUCCGCUUUCUGAGUGUCUGGAAGACAUGGACCCCCCGAAAGUGAAACAGAUUCACGUGCUGGUGGUGGUUCCGGGUUUAGUUGCGAGCACUGUCACGAUCGUCAUUGAAGAAGCCGCUGGAAGUAAACCCAUGAAAGAGCUGGACUACUAUCAAAAGUGCGGGGCUAGCAUUCGUAAAGAGUGCAGUGAUUAUUGCUGUGAGGUGCUGGACAAAAUCGACGAUAUAUAUGACAUGAAUGAGCUCCCGCUUCCAUUUAUUUGUGUUGAAGGGUCGUCUGGCAUGGGAAAAUCGCAGCUCGCGUUCACGCUGCAAGGCUCACGACCGUGGUUUUACUGGCAUGCCACCAGGGUAACUGACGCGUCACAGGCCAUGUACAGGAAUUUCAAGUCGAUGUCGGAGGCAUUUCGCAAGGUUGUGGAAAUGGAUGACCCAGUCGCCAAGCCGAUGGAGGACAUUUUGAACUGCCAAUCAGGGAUUUACCAGACCGUGGACCUGUGGACGUGUGGUUUUAUUUCCUGCUUGCUGAAGUACUCCAAGCAUCAGAGCGCACAAAUGAUACACCUCGAGCAGAAAAUCGAAUUCCGCGUAGAAAUGCGCACCGCUCAAGAUGUCUAUAACGAGGUAAAAAAGAUGAAGGAGGAGAACGGAAAGCAGUUGCCCUUUUUCAUAUUGGAUGAAAUGACACCCAACGCCAGGACAUCUGUUGGAGGAAAGAGUGUGGCAGCUUUUCAACGCAAUAUCUUCCGCACUUGUGGUUUGGUGGUGAUUGUUAUGGGAACGGAUUCAAAAAUAAGCAAUCUGGUUACGCAAGCAACAGGCAGCUCCACGGGAAAGCACAUGUGGAUGUCCGUUGUUCCCAAAUUUCCUCCCUAUCGAUUUGUGUUCGAUCCAAAGGAUCAGCGAGAUCAAGAGGUCUGGGAGGCGGCUGUGGAUUGGUUUCCUGUUGUAGAAUAUAUUGCGGUAAAUUCGCGUGGGAGAUUCACGAGGUCGUUCGUGGGUGAAAUCGUAAAAGUUUUAAAGCGUGCUGCGAAACAAACAGGCGAUGGUGAAUACAGUACGACGGACCAGGUUUUAAAAGGCAGUACGACAUUAUCUGACCUUGAUACAAGCCUGGCACUUUCACGUGUCGAGCUCUGGAAUUUACUAGAUGAAGCAUUUGCCGGCGUCAGUAGAGGCUCACAAAUAGGUGAGGUCGGAAAGGCGUUCAUGGAUGAGAAGGAUGGAAGGUAUGCACAACUCAUGGCGAUAUCUUACACGAAUGCUGAAGAAACUGAUGAGGAACCGCCAUUGAAAAAGCGAAGACUACUCGUUGGGGCCGAGAGCAUGCAUCUGCACUUCGCGAAUUUGGUAGAUGAAAAGGUUACCGAUGUGAUCAUAUCGAACGGUGAGUUGAAUAUGGAACCGCGGACAACCGGGCCAUUGAUACCCUGGGCACCACAAUGCUGUUUUCCGCAGAUGGACAAAGAUGUGUUGCUGUAUCUCGCGAUUCUGGGCGGAAAGACGCAUUCGGGCUACUAUCAAUAUACCAGGGGGGGCGUGGCACACUCUACGAAAUUCAUUUUUUCUGAAACUGGUGCAUUUCCGGUUCAUGAAAACAAAAAUGCCGUAUCGAACGAGUACAAAACGUACGAGAACAUGGUCGCUCAUGCGCUGUUUUGCUCAUCACGAAGGCAUGGGGUGCAGGGAAUUUCUUUCGAUGAUUUUCUUGAGUGCUUGGUUGGCGAAUUUCGUGACAAAAUUUGGGAGAAGGUGAUUUUGAAGGAUCUUAGUGGAGCAGUAUGUCGUGCAACGGAAUUGCUUGCAAGCUAUGAGCAGAGAAUCAGGGAUUUGUCCACGAGGACCAUGCCUUUUGUAGCUCCGCCGAAUGCUGAAUGGCCGCAGCCCAUAAUCGAUAUGAAUGUCCGUGGGUGUGAGUUCGGUCAUUUAAUUCGCGCUCCGAAUUCAGAAAGGUGUGAUAUUUUUCUGGAUGAUCUGGGAAACAGCAACGAACGCGCGAUGUUUCUUUGCGAAUGCAAGUAUCGCGGGGACAAUGUCGACAUGGGUGUACUAAAGGGAAUCGUUGCAGGUCUUAAUCAGAAGUGGGACUGGAAGAUCGGGAUGCUUUUCUGCCCACAGCUAGCAAAUGUUCGAGCAUGGACUGUUCCUGACGUUGAUUGCAUGAAGAUUGACUGUAAAACUGGGAAUGUAAAGUGGGUGCAUAGGCCAAAUGCCGAGCGUGGUGCCCCGAAGGUGAUCAUCGUGAUCGAAACGGGGCGUGGUGGUGGUGUGGUGGGCUAG